AUGUGGCAAUUGUUGCAGAAUCAUUCCAGUUCACUAGUGAGACAGAGGCUGUUACCAGUGAAAAACAACUGUUACUUUACGAAUUUGAUAAAAAACAAGCCGUCAAAUGCAGUUAAACGCUAUUUUUCGGAAAUUAAAAAUUCCUCAGACAAAAGUGCAAAGUCCAAUAUUUUAUUAAUAUGUAGCCCUUGGAAACUGUGUACGGGUGUUAGUAUAGGUCUAGCAGCGAGAUUAUUUCUUGACAAUGGCCUGGCAUAUUGUAAAGCUGCGCCAAACACGAGAAUUAUUCAAAGGAGACCGAAUAUAACAGAUGAUAGUGCUAAGUUUGAUUGGAACAGAUUUGUUGAGUAUUUGAAGCCUCAUCGAUGGCUAUUGGCUGCUGCUGUUGCUUCAGCACUGGCUGUGGCAUUUCUAAAUGUAUACAUACCUGCAAUGCUAGGAGUAAUAGUGAAUGUAUUGGCUAAUAUGAAAAACAAUCCAGCAGAGGAUUUUAUGGACCAGAUCAAGGUUCCUGCUAUGCAGUUAAUAUCUUUAUAUAUUGGGCAGGCAGCGUUUACAUUUUUCUACAUACACCUACUGGCGCAAGUGGGCGAGCGUGUAGCAUCGCAAAUGAAACAAGACUUAUUUAUCUCAAUUCUCAAACAGGAUAUGACUUUCUUUGAUCAGGAGAGAACUGGAGAACUUGUCAACAGACUAACAGUAGAUGUCCAGGACUUCAAAAGUUCUUUCAAACAGACCAUUUCUGGAGGCUUAAGAGCAAUAACACAGGUUAUUGGUUCGUCAGUAAGUUUAUUAGUGAUAUCUUCUCAUCUGACCGGACUUACUUUGCUGUGUGUGCCAUCGGUUGUUGUAGGGGGCGCAUUUAUUGGGUCAUUGCUGAGAAAGCUCUCUAGAGAGGCUCAGGCUCAGGUAGAAAAAUCAACUUUAGUAGCCGAAGAAGCGAUAUCAAAUAUGAGGACCGUGCGAGCGUUCGCAGGGGAAGAAAAUGAAGCAGAAAUGUUUGCGCAGGAGUGUGAGAUAGCGGCUGAUCUUAGCAUGGAGUUGGGGCUAGGCAUUGGGCUGUUUCAAGCUGGCACCAAUUUGUUUCUUAAUGGAAUGGUUCUAGCCACGAUGUUCCUUGGCGGCCAUUUUAUGUCAACUGGUCAGAUGUCGGCUGGUGAUGUCAUGGCAUUCCUUGUGAACGCUCAGACUGUUCAGAGGUCUGUGGCGCAGUUGUCUUUGCUGUUUGGAUCACUUGUUAAAGGAGUCAGCGCUGGUGGUCGUGUUUUUGAGUACAUAAACAAGCAGCCGAAGAUGGACACUUCAGGGACAAAAACAAUAAAGUAUCAUGAGCUUUUUGGCGACAUUGAGUUUAGAGAUGUGAGUUUUGCUUACCCUACGAGACCGGAAGCAGUUGUACUAAAGAAUUUUAAUCUAAAAAUACCUGCUGGCAAAACUGUGGCUAUAGUCGGUACGUCUGGCAAUGGUAAAUCUACGAUAGCUGCCUUGCUGGAAAGAUUCUACGACGUAAAUGAAGGACAAGUGACGAUAGAUGGCAUUGACGUGCGAGAGUUUGAUCCGAAAUGGCUGCGUGGGCGCGCGCUGGGCCUUAUUAGCCAAGAGCCGGUACUGUUUGCUACGACUGUAAAGGAGAACAUUCGAUAUGGCAAACCAGAGGCUAGUGAUGAUGAGAUAAUAAACGCAGCGAAAACAGCGAACGCACACGAUUUUAUUCUCGGCUUUCCUAACGGCUACGAUACUAUGGUAGGAGAACGAGGCAUGGCUCUCAGCGGGGGGCAGAAGCAGCGCAUUGCCAUCGCCAGAGCUGUUUUAAAAAAUCCUCCUAUUAUUAUAUUGGAUGAGGCGACUAGUGCAUUGGAUUCAGCAAGUGAGAAAGUGGUCCAAACAGCGCUAGAGACAGCUGCAAAAGGACGCACGGUGCUAAUAAUAGCACACAGGCUAUCGACUAUCAUGAAUGCGGAUUUAAUCGUUGUACUCAAUAGAGGGAAUAUUGUUGAGAUGGGCACCCACGAACAGCUGAAGAAACAAAAAGGUUUCUACUGGAAUCUUAUAAAACAACAAGACCAAGACCAAGAAACCACUUCCAGAACUUUAUGAGACUAAUCGUUAUUGUUCUAUAAUUGUUUUAAGGUGUAAUUACACUUGGUCGUCGACUGUUGUUUUACCAAAUGGCGUUUGACGACCAAAUGUGACAGAUCCUUUAGGAAAUUUUCUUUGCUAUACAAUAUUAGCAUAUAAUAAUAGCAUUUAGUUGAAAAUGGUAAAGUCAUUCGACUUAUGACAGUAAAGGUUAUUUAAAAAAGACAUUGACUGGAAUGGUGUAUUUUAGUAAAAGAAAACAAUAUUUAAAUUUGGGCUUAGACUGUAGUAUACGUAUGUGAGAUAGGUAAUUUUGCGCUGUGCAAUUCUUUGUGUUUGUGUAUGAUGUGAUUACGAUAUUAUGGGCGCGUUCAAAUUACUUAUUUUGUGCAAUUUACACUUACAGUACUUAUAACUAAAGAUGUAAGUCAUAGUCACAUAUAGGUUGAGACGGUCCCCGGUCAAAGCUAAGAUGCGGAAUUUGGACCACAGAGCUUUGAGCGGUGACCAUCUUCGGAUAGUAACAAGCGGAUAUUAGGAAUUUUGAUUCAGUGUUACUAAACACGUUAAUAUCAUUUGUCCUACUUAAGGAUCGAUUAUGGCUAGGGCGUAGGCUAGACGUAGUAAAUUAGACGCUUAUAGAAGUUGCAGGCUAAGUAUUUGAACGCAAGUGAGAAAGAAUGUGAGGUGCCCUUCACGUCCUGUAAUCUGCGCGCUUAAAAUUAAUAUGAAUAAAAUAAGAACAAGCGGAGAAAAUUUGACGGAGAUCCGACGUUGGCAAGCGCCCGAUGGCAACUGACGGGACAGCGGGCGACGGGGCAUGUCAUUAAACCGCUGGGCAAUUUUCAAGUUUUGGUAUAAACGUGAAUUUAAUAACUAUAAAGGCUUCAGUUGAAAACCAAAAUUUAGCAGGUUCUCUGUAGAACUUAUGGAGAAACAUCUCCACGCAAAAAUUGUGUGUAAAGAAAUAUUAUUCUUAAAUAAUUCGUUUUAAACUUUAAUUGUAUCAUGUUUACGGGAUUUAAUAUGAUCGAGUAAAGUACGUCCUGUCGCGUAACAAUUUAGCACAUUCUUUAGACAAUAUCCUUAGGUGUAGCGUAUAUUUUUUAAAAGACCGUUAUUCAAUGGUAAAUACCUAAACCAUUUGAUCUAGCAAAACAGUUUUUCCGCUUCUCCUCCGAUCUCCGAGUUUUCUCACAAUAUCUGGAAGCGUAGUAGUAGCGCCACUGUCGUAACACGCGCGCGCUAUUUUUGCAGGAACAGUUAGUGAAGUACGACUGAGUUGUGUCACUGCAGCGUCUAUAAGCGUCCAAUUAGACAGCGCUCUAUGUCACUGCGGUGGAAAGGACUUGUAACGAAUUAGUAUGGAGUUUGGUACUCUAUUCUCAGAAAAAUUUAACCUCAAUUUUUUUCUUAGAUAUAUAAGCUUCAAAUAGAGCUUAGCAAAAUAAGUAAAAAAAA